UGAUAAGUGAUUGUAACACCAGUGUCCAAAGCGCUUAGAUUUCGAGUCAAACGGAUCGCGUGUUUUCUCCCGAACAGACGUGGUUCUUUCUCCGGCCAGUUGCUGUCUCCAUCUGACUAUUCGUCUUAGUACCAAGAUCUCUGAACCUCCCUUAAGAGAUGAAGCCUGGACAGAAGCUGAGAGUAGCUCUCUAUGUGUUUCUCGGCCUGACGAGUCUCUAUCUGUUUGUGCUGUCCUGCAUCUGGGACUAUCGCGUAGUGGUGGCCCGGGAACAUGUCCGCUUCCGCCAGGAGAUGCCCACCAUGGACAGCUGGGUGAACUCUCCGUUUGGUAAGCUCAAGAGCUACCUGUUCAACGUGACGAACGCCGCCGAGUUUGAGAGCGGGCGCGACAAGCGGCUGAAAGUGGACCAGAUCGGACCGAUCACCUACAAAAUAGUGGGCUACAACGACAUCCUCAGUCGCACAGAAAACAAUGUGACGUACCGAAAGAAUCGCUACCGCCAUGUGGAGUUCCUGCCGGAGGAGAGCGUUGCUCCCGAUGUCCUCAACUGGACCAUCACCUCGCCCAACAACGUGUUACUGGGCGCGGCGGCCAAGUUCAAGCACGUGGCACCGUUCUCGGUCCUUGGCUUCGAUGCCAUCACUAGGUUCGAGGACUUGUUCAUCACGGGCUCCGUCUACUACUUCCUCUGGGAGUUCACACGACCCUCCCUGCAGCUGGUAUCCAACCUACUGCCCUUCGCCCUGUCCUCCAACUGCGGACCGCUGCACAAUGCUCUCAAGGAUAAGGAAGAGGUCUACACGGUGAACAUUGGCCCGGAGCAAGGCAUUGACAACUUCUUUCGCAUCGAGACCCUCAACGGCCAGCAGGUCAUCAAAGAGCAGCUGCCGCGCAGCGAAGAGUGGUCCAAUGACGCCUGCCCCUACAACGUGAGCGGCGCUCACGACAACUCGCUUUUCCCGCCCUUCCUGCAGCCAGAAACACCGCUGAACGUCGUGGCCAUCGAGUCCUGCCGCGUCCUGCCCCUCAUCUACCAGCGCCCAGAGCGCUACGCCGGCCUCGACACCUACCGAUACCUGCUGCUGCAGCCCGGCCAGGAGCCCCCAAAGUGCAUGGACACUACCUACGGCAUCAAAUUGCACAAAGGGAUGUUUGACGUCUCCAAGUGUGUGAUAAAUGAUGCCCCAUCGGCGUUCUCGGCGCCACACUUCUAUGGCAGCAGCUACAACUGGAGCGAGCACUACGAAGGCUACAAUCCGAAUGCCGAGGAGCACGAGCCGUUCAUCCUGAUGGAGCCCACGACAGGCAUACCUGUCAACGAGAAGUACCGCUUCCAGUCAAACAUACCCAUGCCGAAUCUCUCUUCCUACAGCAGGAGACUGAAGAGCUUCAGCAACAUGCUGCUGCCCACCUUCUGGUAUGAGUUUGAAAUGGGUGAGCUGCCCGACUUCGUGCUCAGGCUGAUGUGGAUCAAUGUGAAGGUGCUGCCCCACGUGCAGGCGCCCUGCAUGGCUCUGCUGCUGCUGCUCGGCCUGUGGAGCGCCCUCAAAGUGAUCCGUGUGGCCUGGGGCGAUCUCGGUUACGUGGAUCUCUAUCGCAAGAUCUGCGGCCGCGGCACCACAAACGCCUGCCUUGAAACGGUGUUUCCGACAACCGAUCGCCACCUUACGCAAUGCGGCCAAGUUUCUGAUGAGGCUGUCAAAUAGUCUCUGAUUUAGGUUGUGAUUGAGCUCAGUUCCAAGCCCAGGCCCAGGCCCAGGCCCAGGGCCAGAUCCGAGAGCUGGACUAGUGUACAUAUACUAUACAUGCAUACAAAUACUCGUAGUUUUAGGCUAGAGGUGCGGUCUGCCGCUGCACUUAUCAGUUUUUUUUUGUUUUUUUUCUUUUAUAUAAUAUACUAUUAAGUUGAAAAUUGAAUUCUCGCCUCAUUUCACCUUAUCUGUCAGAGGAGAGCCAGAGCUCUGCCCAAGCCCGGCCUAAGCUAGUCCCAGACAUUGGUCUCAUCUAAUCCCCACUGAUCCUCCUCCCCCUCCUCCUACCAUUCCUCUGUCGCCACCUUUGCCGUGUUGACUGUUUGAGGUCGCGGCUUUCGUUUGAUUCGCCUCGCUUUUUGUGUGGUGGCAGGCAGCAGCUCGGAAUGACAAUGAAAACUUGGGCACGUACCAAGUGGAAGAUUUAUUUUGCGCUUUAUUCAAUCUGUACAUUUAACUUUUCGUUGUCAUUAUUUCUUCAGCUUCUUCUUGCUCUGUGUACCUUGUGGUUUUGUAUACCCUUGAGGAGGGUCGAAACGUUUUGGCCAGGAGCUUGCAACGCUCCUAGAAAGAAAUGCUUCCGCGUCUAUUCAGGCAUCUAAAUAAUUGUAUUUAUUAUUUUGAAAACUUGCUAUUGGGUUUUCUGAAAACUAACUAAAGUGUUAAAUACAAUUAAAAUUACAAAAGUUUAAAUAUUUAAGAUUAUACAACCAAAUUGUAUGAUCUGAGAGUUUUCUUCAUCAUCUUUCGACAUAAUCCUGUAGAAUAUUUUAGACUCCCUAUAGGAAGGGAGUUCAAUGCUUCGAUCCGUUGGAGGAUAGCCUUCUUUUCUUGUUUACCUGUAUUGUACUUGAUUUUGUUCAUCUUUCCUGAACCUGAACUUUUGAACAUGCCCCUGUCAUGCCCAUGUCUCUCUCUCUGGCUGAUGCCCCGAUGCGGUUUCAAGGUAAGCAACCCUUUGUCUCUUUUUCUCUCGCGUCAACGAAAUGUCGUGUGUUGACCGUUUUUUUCCUUUCCCGAUUACUCUCGAUUUGCAUAAAUCGAUAUAUAUGUGACGACUGCCGCUUGGGGCAAAGGAUGCCCCAAUUUAAAUGUUAAUCGCCGCCAAACAAGCCGAAAGUUGUUUGUAUAAUUGGCUCGGAUGUUAUAUCACAGUGGAGAGUCGGGUCAACGCCGGUCGAGGUGAUUUAUUAACCUUUUCGCAGCCUGUCUUGGUAAUCCAUUGAGCCAGCCAGCAGCCAGAUCGUCUUCAUAUGCUUGAUAAUUGCGCUUUUUCUAGAAUCGCCUGCGUCAUUGGCAGUGCCAUAGUGCCAUAAAAGCUGCGAAAGUACAUAAUUAUACGAAUAUAAAGUGUAUUUUUACUUUUUUAU